GGAAGCUUCCAUCACUUCCUUGAUGGCUCGGAUGCACAAUAUCACCAGCGGCAGUCGCGAUAACGAGACGGCCACCAUCUCCGCCAGUACCAGUAUCGGUGCCUACCUAAAACGCCCUAUUUGUUAACACAGUAAUCUGUCUGACGCGAAGCAAUACGUACACCAUCAGAUUCCAGGCACCUUUGUCGAACCUUCUCUUUGACCUUCGCCCAUCCGUCGUUGCUCAAUUGAGCAAAUGGCCUCCAAGCUCCUCCCUGCGUCCGCCGGUACUUGCAGUCGAAACACCAUUCAGUGCUGUUGACAGAUCCAAGAUUUUCAAUGUAGCCACAACCAGUGUGGCGGCCGUUGAUAAUCCUCGAUCGGCAGCAUGGCUCUAGCCGUUCACGACCCCAAUGACGGCAAGAAUGGAACACAUGCUCAGUGUGACACAUGUCGCAUACGAACGUGGUCGCCGUUCUCAUUGAAGGGGCUGGUAGAUGCUUGGGCACGACGGAGUCUGGACUUCUGCUUCCCCAGAAACAUGCGCCUGGUGAGUGAUGGUGGCUCAGAUAUAUAUCAACUCACAAACUUCUGGACAUUGUUCGUCAAAACAAUGUUUUCGCACAGCACGGCCAGUGCCAUGGCGAAUGACUCUUCCAGCAAUUACGCUGUUCGCCAGGCAUUGUUCGGAUCGCCUCAUUGGGACACUACAAGCGAUCUCUGUGUUGUACCCAGAGUUGAUUUCAUCAUGGUCGACAUCGGCAGCGGCACCGUGGCGCCGCGGAACCGGAACAAACGACAGCCAAACGUUCUGACGUCGAAACGUCAAAAUAUGGCUCCGAGCUUCGGGACGUCUUACCCGUUACAACAACGCCUGGUCUAGUUGUC